UGUAUAGGUGGCGUGUAGACUGUUAUCAGUAAAAGCGCUGUUUGUGCUGAAGGAAGUAAGAUAAAGGAUCAGCAAUAUGGCGUGGCUUUAUAUAUUGUCCAUUCUAAUGCUAGCCCAGGUGAUGAGAAGUGAGAGCGUCUCGGAUAGUGUUACUGUCAAAUUUCAGCUGAAUACCUACAGAUAUAGCGGAGACAAUGUCAUGUGCAGGUCACCAAUCUUUCUGAUCCUAGUGGACGGAGGGGUUUGUGAAGAGGAAUACAAGUACGUGAGCGAUGAUGAUUUCAAAAAAUUCAACAAUAGUACACCCAGCGAAAAUACCACUACGUCCUCCUCUCUGCUAUUUCAAUACCAAUUUAGACAGAUGAAUUUCUCACUUCCGAGACAGGAAUAUAGAAAGACAUUACGCAUAGCUGUGAAGCAGAAGUACAACAGCAUAAACAUAGCGCCCGGCAGCGACGACCUUACACAUUACUGCUCCAAUGUCAGUACAGACAAGCUUGUCAGUCCAUUUAACCUCACGCUUCAAGCCCACGAUUGUACUUCCUGCAGUAUUGACGUGACGUUGGUGGCGACGUGUCCUCAGCAUUACUUUGGUGCGCAGUGUGACAUCUACUGUUCAUCCUCGGACGAUAAUACGACUGGACACUACACCUGUGGGCCUAAUGGGGAAAAGAUUUGUUUUCUAGGCUACGAGGGUGUAAACUGCACUGUCAAUACUCCGGACUGUGUCAACGUGACCUGCCACAACGGAACAUGUAUCGACCUUGUGGCAAACUUUUCAUGUAGCUGUUAUACUGGUUACACUGGCGAGUUUUGUGAAGAUAAUAUUGAUGACUGCGUAAAUGCUACUUGCAAACAUGGUGGAACGUGCCGCGAUGGUAUCGGACAGUACACUUGUUCCUGUGUAAAUGGAUUUCAUGGAUUACACUGUGAACAUAAUAUUGAUGAUUGCGCAAAAGUUAUUUGCCAAAAUGGUGGAUCGUGCCGCGAUGGUAUCGGAAAUUACACUUGUUCCUGUGUAAAUGGAUUUAAUGGAUUACACUGUGAACAUAACAUUGAUAAUUGCGCAAAUGCUACUUGCCGAAAUGGAGGAACGUGCCGCGAUGGUAUAGGGAAAUACACUUGUCUAUGUAAUGAUGGAUUUGGUGGAAUUGACUGUCAGCAACACGUAACAACUCAUAGUCCGACUGUGACAUCCCCACCAAAGGUGAUGAGAAAUGAGAGCGUCUCGGAUAGUGUUACUGUCAAAUUUCAGCUGAAUACCUACAAAUAUAGCGGAGACAAUUUCAUGUGCAGGUCACCAAUCUUUCUGAUCCUAGUGGACGGAGGGGUUUGUGAAGAGGAAUACCAGUACGUGAACGAUGGUGAUUUCAAGAAAUUCAACAAAAGUACACCCAGCGAAAAUACCACUACGUCUUCCUCUCUGCUAAUUCAAUACCAAUUUAGACAGAUGAAUUUCUCUCUUCCGAGACAGGAAUAUAGAAAGACAUUACGCCUAGCUGUGAAGCAGAAGUACAACAACAAAAACACUUUGACCGGCGAGGACGACCUUACACAUUACUGCUCCAAUGUCAGUACAGACAAGCUUGUCAGCCCAUUUAACCUCCCGAUACAAUGCCAGCCUUACCAACAGUGUAGUUCCUGCAGUAUUAACGUGACGUUGGUGGCGACGUGUCCUCAGCAUUACUUUGGUGCGCAGUGUGACAUCUACUGUUCACCCUCGGAUAAUACGACUGGACACUACACCUGUGGGCCUGAUGGGGAAAAGAUCUGUUUUCUAGGCUACGAGGGUGACAACUGCACUGUCAAUUAA